AUGAGCUCGGUUGAACUUCCUUUAGUGACCAGCGCGCGGUCGUCAGAUUCAUCUGCUUCCUCAACCCGUGAUCGCAUUCAUUCAGCAAGUUCAACUUGUGAUAAAAGAACUCAGAGUGUGCGCAGUCAACAUAGUCAAGAGAACAAUCAUCGAAAAGGGAAAAAUAAUUCAGAAUCGAGAAAUGAAGAACUGUGGAACGAACUUGAAUCAUUUUUAAGCAGCCCAUCGCCGACUUUUACAAAUAUAUUCGGAAAAGGACUCAAGGUAAGUGGCAAGAAGCCACCACUAAGUGAGCUGCCUUUGUUAAUUCAAAAAAGGGAUUCUGACAACCAAGCUACAAGGCCAAAUCGGUCAGCUUGUGCUCCAAUUGACUCAAAGCUGCUUCAAGAAGCCUUUGCUUAUGUUGAUCAGCUCGAGCAAACGAAAUUUGAUGAGAGUAACGAAGAAGAGCAACAGCAAUCAUCGAAAAGUAGUAAAGGUUCAAUGAUGCUGAGAAGAAUACCAACAUCGUCCUCGGCUUCGAGUCAUGCGCUCUCGAAUUUGUCACAUGAGCGCCGAGGGAUAGCUAGUAUGUCGGGUAGUAAAGUUCGGAAGAAGCUGUCGGUUUACAGCGUUACUGCAAAGCCAAAAGUUGCCUCACGUAAAAGUCGCAGCACGCGUGAAGACACUCGAAACACGAAUGGACACAUGGAUCCUCAAACACUGCAAGCUCUUGUUAGCAAUUUUCAAAAUGGCACGACAAUUGACGAGUUACGUCGAGAGCUCACAGCUUCUCAGCAAAGUCUCACUGCAUCCUGCCACAUUCUAAAAGAAGCAGCUCAAAAAUUUUAUCAUGGUUUAGAUUGA